AUGUCGGCCUCCAGAUCAGCUCGUUGCUUGCGCCAGGCUGUCCGCAGCCUCUCGAUCCGUCCUGCAGCUCCCAGAUACCUGCCCAGACAAGCUCUUUGCGCAUCGAUUCCUGCCAUCUGUCAAUUCUCAAACACAUCGCGCAGCUUCAAAGGCAUUCUCCCUGAUACCGACGAGCCCACCCUGAAGGAGAGGGAACCUCUGCACGAGGUCAACGAGCCCACACCAAUCGAAAUCGAUGAAUACCACGAGAGAGCAGAUCAGUACCUCGAGGAGCUCGUCACCAGAGCCGAGGAGCUGGCAGAAGAGAAGGAGGGUAUCGAUGUCGAGUACUCUGCUGGUGUCCUUACCAUCGCCUAUCCUCCCAACGGUACCUACGUUGUUAACAAGCAGCCCCCUACCAAGCAGAUCUGGCUGAGCUCCCCCGUCAGCGGCCCCAAGAGAUUCGACUGGGUCAUGCUGGGCGAGUCGCAGCAACAGAAGGAGGGCGCCGCGUCAGGCGACUGGAUCUACCUGAGAGACAAGACCAGCCUGACCACGCUGUUGAGAAAGGAGCUGGGCAUUACUGUCGGUGAAGAGUCCAACCGUCCUUGA